AAAAUAAUAACGUCUCUAAUGGCUGGCUAAUCCGCAGGAAAUGUUUUCUACAAUAAUUUAUUAAUUUAUUAUUCGCUAAUCGGACGCUCACUGAGCAGCGAGCACUUGAUUGAGAACAUAACCUAUACAGUAUACAGCUAUAGGACUCCUCUGAUACAAACGACGUUCGGAAUCCUGCAUGCAUUUUUCGUGACAGUUGUCACGCGGCGAGAGAACGAGUAGAGAAUUGACGAUGGCAGCGUUACUUCGCACUACUUGCGUCCAAGGACUGCGUAAGGGGUUGGCUCUGAUAACCUCCAAAGAGGCACCGAUAUGCCGCAAAGUAACGACGACACCAGGACGCUACAGCGCGGGACCUAAGGAGAACCCUACUAAGAGAAAGUGGAUAAGUUACGGCUUCAGUAAGACGGAUGAGGCCCUCGAUCGUCACUCUCUUCAUCAGAUCCUGUUCUGCUCUAUAACCAUAGCGUUGAUAUGUGGAGGCACUAUCAUGGCUUACCUACCCGAUGUCAACCUAACUGAUUGGGCGCAACGGGAGGCGUAUCUGCAGCUUCGCUACAAGGAGGAACACGGACUUCCUCCGGUUGACCGUAACUUAAUUGAUCCAUCUAAAAUAAUACUGCCAACUGAUGAGGAAUUAGGUGACACAGAGAUUAUUAUUUAAAGAACGUGUUGACGAUGCUGAGAACUUUGGACUUGAGAGUAUCGUUACAGCCUAUCUGUAUCGAUGUAGUACUUGUUAUAAUGUUGAUCGAGGAUAAUGUAUAAUAAAUAUCGCUUUUAUGGAUUAAAA